AUGCUGUGGACCAUUGCUAACUGUUCCGUUGCCGCUAGCGGGUCUCUGGGUCUCAUUAUCUGCUGCCUGAUAGUGAAUUCCGGUUUAUCGGCCACAACAACCCCAAAAGGUUUGUAUCGUUUCAGCCACGGAAUAUUAGGGGGUGGACGUGGAGAGUGGUGUCACGUCGAAAGAUACCGUCAUUUUGCCACCUGUAAUUCGAAUGCUUUGUAGCUCUCAAUGCAUUGUUCAACCGAGUGGAUGGUUGUUUCAGAACCCUGAGUUAGAAACUACAGAAGCUGAAACAGGCCAAACGUUGGGGUGCCUCUCAAAGAAUCGACCGGUCGUAGGGAGUUCCUGGUUUGUGGACCUCGGAGAGUCCACAGAAUCUCGCGUUUGCUGAAUCCUCUGGUUUCCUCCUCCUCUAUCAGCCAGGUUGCGUUAUUUCUUUUGACUUCCGAAGACCUGCCAGGUCCUUGUCGAUUUUGUUUACUAACAUCAUCGUUGUGUCAGCUUUACAGGAAAUGUAGGCUGUUCUGUCGCCCAAAAGUGUCUCGACUUUGUUGACGUAGUCCUCUUUGUUCAGUACAACGUCGAUCGUCCUUUAUCGGCCGGGAGUAUGGCAAUGCUUUUGUCUGCCUUCGAUGUCCAGAGUGCUCCAUCUUCUGUUCUUGAGAGCGUCUUGCGACUUGUAUGGGACAUGAGUCUGGAGGAUAUACGCUGUCGCAGCAGAGUCCUAUUUUUUGCAGUAAUUUUGGCUUCACGAAUAACAGAUUUCGCGGCUGAAAUUCAGUCAAAUGGUUGGGCAUCCGUGGUAUUGAGGUAGGCAUCGUGGCUCAGGACUUUUACUUUCUCUUCUGUCAGUUGCUUGGAUGAUAGUUUGUGCACAACAUAAACGAAGCAGAGGCUUGUUCAAUGUGGUCGGCUUCUGUUGCAGUCUGACAUCACGUGCCUCGUAAUUUUAUUCAAGUCAAUUAUGAUGGUUAAACCGGCAAACAGGCUCGCAUGAGAUUACACGAUCACGAGCUGGCUGUGGGGCUGAAGGCUAAACUCUCCUGCGCCUGAUAUAGCAAAAUAGCAUUACCCAUAAGGACAAGGGAGAGAGGGAUGGCCAUUUCUGGCUUACUAGCCGUCGUCAAACAGCCACAUCCAACCCUGAGAUGUGCAAUACCCGGGGCCAUGCCUAUAUUACGCGUCGAUGUGCGGCUGUUGGUUGUGCUCGAGAGGGAGCCCCAAGGCACAACAGGACGAGUGAGUUCCGUAAAAAGGAUCGGUGAGCGCCCCUCUAUCAUUGUACAUUUCCGGCCGUAACCGACAGGACAACGAGCCCGUGGCUCAGUGGUCGGAAGCCUUGGACUUCUAACCAACAGGUCCGGAGAUUGAGCCCCAGAUGUUCCACAUUUCGAGGUUGGGUAGGACUGGCUUACGACGGGUAAUAAGCCAGAAAUGGCAAUUCCAGUCUCCCUUGUCUUUGUCGAUAAUGCUAUUCCGCCGAGAUCGUGCGCCUCUGUGCGACUGUUGGUUUGGCCCGAAAGAGAGCCCUAAGACACAAUUGGACGAGUGAGUUCCGUGAAACUACCGCUGAGCGCUCCUCUACCACAGAAGCUGAUAUGAUAGUAGAAGAGCUACUCGCAUUACUAUGUACCACCUACAUGCGGUUUAACCACGCCAAUUGCUUGUGCUGGUGCAAAAAUGCAGAUCAACACAGAACAUCUUUCUUCACAGGCGACCCUUUUGCGUUCUCUUUUAAGACUGACUAACAUCGGGCUUCGUACCCACUUUAAGCUACUGCUGGCCAACCCUAAUAGAUGCUGUCGAUCACCUUUGAUGCAUAAUGCCGAAUAUUUACGGUAUUACUGAUUCGAAUAGCAACGUAACAUAGUAAAAAGGUGUAUAUUUCUUCGUCUUCAUAAACGACAUUCGUGUGGAAGCAAAUAACACACAAUACUUCUAAUUAUAUUCAAAACCGACUAUUUGUUACAAAAAUACCCGUUUAAUCCUUGAUCCACAAAAAGUGGGAUUUUAGCCCCAACCUCUUGGCAAGCCAUGUUUAGAACACAUUUAUAUAUCCCGUCAGCAUGGGCCGUAAGAUAGACCUAACGCGAUUCAUAGUCACCGCACCUACUUUCUACCCCAGGUUUGCCUCACUUACUUUCAUGUGGCUUCGUCAUCCAAAUGUCAAAUACAGGGCAAGAUAUGGGAAGUAAAUAUAAGGAGGCAGACUUUCUUUUCAAACAUGUCCGAACUCCUUCUCUGAAGCCUUGCACUUUAAGUUAGAAUAGCGUCACCAGCCAACGAAAAGGGACUUGAAAGAAAGCGCCAAUUACUUACUCAGCUUUGAGGUCCACGUUGAUCACAUUUUGAAAACCCUUGAGCUUCACCCCACCUCCACCACCUUUGGCAGUCAUUUCGGGCGGGAAGGUGCACGAGGUUUUUUAGUGCCGACGUGCCGGGGCUUCUAGGUCAUUAUCGAUCUGCCAUUCGGAUUCUCCACGAGACGCGCACGUCCAUCAGCGGCCCGCUCAAAUGGUCCUGAUCCCCGCGAAUGUGAGCUUUCGCCACGAUGGAAAGGAAAUGAUCAUGCUGUUUGCCAAAAUGGAGCCUUUGACUAUUUAGCCCCUCCAAGCAUGAAGGAAUUCAUCACGAUGACACUGGUUUCUUCAAUGAGGGAAUUUUGACUGUUGCGCCAAUUCUGUUUUCGGGAACUGAUACAAAGACAAGUGGGUUCUGGAUUUAAAAGAGCGAAUUAAAUGAUAAAUUGCACGCUUUAUUCACUUCCGUAAAUACCUCAAAGAGAAACGAAGAGAAAUUUUGAAGUCAUUUUGCCUAAAAGUUGUUCGCGAAAAACUCCUUGAUUAUCUUUAAAAUAAUAUCAUGACGCUACCCUCGACUGCACGUCUUCACAAACUGCAGCUGUUGAAGAAAUCUAUGCUGCUCAUUGGACAACUUUGAGGCUCCUGUAUAACGACACGACAAGUCGACCGUCAUAACCGGCGAUGUCCACCAUGUGCUCUAGAUUACGGUGAGAGCAGGGACGGUGACUUGAGCGUGAAGUACUUUAAAUCGAUAAUAAAUUUGUGCAGUAUCUGUCGCAUUCUCUCCCCCCCCCCCAUCCCCCAACCUGGAAUCGGUGCCAAAGCAGAGGCAAGAAGACCGGUGGUGGGAAAAGGCACAGCUGACCAGUACGGUAAAACCCCGCAACCAAGCGCGUACCACCUCACCGUCUCCGAUCCCAGUGAGUGGGGCUGCCCUUUUCUAUAUUUCCCUUUUCUACUAGAACAAACUUAACCGUGAGCUUUAUGCAGGGUCGGUCACUGUCUCCUACUUACCCACUGACACAGGAUUCGAUUGAGUGAAAUAGAGGGUGGUUUUCACUGCGUGCAAGUCAUUGUUGCUCCCCAGAGUCAGCUGCGCCCAUUGACUUGAACGACAUGCGACGCAUGAGUGUGUGCAUAAUUAUUGCCAUUAUCAGGAUACUUCAAAGGAUUCACCAGCCCUUAAAUUAGACCAGAUCCCAGUGCUUGUUAAUUGUAAACUGUUGAGUCACCUAGGGAUAUGUCGAUACAGUUUAAGUUCGAAGAACCACAUAGGACCUGUAUUAGUUCAGCAUCAGAUGGUAAUGCAUAUUUACUCUAAAUAACAUACUAUCAUUAUUAGUACUAGUAUUCCCGUACCCACCUCAGGUCGUCUUUACAUUGUCAUGCCUUCGAAGUAAAGUGGGUGAGGGAGGAGGGAAGCUAGGCGACCAGACGCUGCGCUAGCCAGCUGUGGGCUAAUCCACACCGGAGGUACCGGUGCCGCGCCCAUUCCGUGGUAUACAAGCUUGACGUCGUCGCUUGCGAUUGUCAACCUGUCACCUAGGGCGUCCUUCAAGAUGGUCGCUUCAUUAACAUAACGUACAGCAAUUAGAAACGCCGAGUGCUGAAGAAUCUGACAACAGGAAUCUCUUUCUAAAUUGUCAUUUGCCGGUUCAUUGUGAAUAGUGAAAAACCGCCAAAAAGUAUUUGUCAGUAUAUCUUCCCAGACGCGUUCAGUGCGCCAAUGAAAUAGCGAGUACAGGGGGAGGGUCCCAUAAAUAAUGGCGCCUUUAAAAGUGGACCAGUUUCUUUUUAUACUGAAAAGACUGUAGUUGACCUAUUUUCUGGUGGCACCAGUCAGUAUACCAACUUCUUAGUAAAUAGAGAAACCAAAUCCUCUUCGCAUUGUUUAAAUUUUCUUUUACGAUUCCAAUCCGAGGGUUAAAAAUAAAUAGCCAAUACCUGAAAAUGUUCCCAGAUUUGUCUUGUCUGAUGCCAUAAAAAGUCGCUAAUUUAAUAAGGGAGAUGUAAGAGUAUCUGAAAGUAGGGCAUUAGAUUGCUGAUUGAAGAAUGACAGGACAAUAAAUGUGCGUUGAUGAAGUUCGAAGUCUUUGUUCGAAAGCCAGUAUCGUUAUUGGUUCAAAUAAAAAACUGUGGUCAAUUGGGACGAUCGUCGCAACUUUUCACAGUGAGUAGGCAUGACAGGGUCACGAAGUAUGUACGAAGUAUUUUACUUUACACUUGAUGUUUACUUGCAUUUUGUAAGUAGAAAAGACGGGUCAAACACAUGAAACUGGCGUGCGCCAAUCUCGAUUACAGGACAGAAAAGUGAACGCUGGAUUCGCAUUUGCCGAUCGGGUUACGGGACUUAUUCGUCCUAUUGUGCCUCGGCGUUUAAUGGCAUAACUGGCCGAUGGUGGGUCAUAAGCCAGAAAAGGCCACUCUAGUCUCUCUUGUCUUUAUCGGGUCUACUUUUUUUAAGAGAGCAUUUUCGUUUUGCCUUGGAGCUGAGGCGAUCGCAUGACGACUGGCAAUCAGUCAUCAAGAAGUUUUCUAACAAAGAUGCGGAUACUGGAAUGUCCAUUUCCGGCUUAUUUUCACUCAGUAGCCAGUGACGCCCCAGCCUCAGCCUGCAUGGAGAGGAUUCGAAUCCGGGUCAGAUGGUCGUCGAGCAACGCCCCACCACUGCAUGUUAUGUCCGCAGAAAUCAAGGAUAUUCAGGGUAGGUCGGUGCACACUACUCUUUUAUGGACAGAAAACUCUCUUUAUCAGUCGACGUGGUAUUAACCCAUAAUGCAGUGGCGGAGCGUUGUUCGAUGAUCAACUGACUCAAGUUUGAAUCCUCCAUGUGCAGAGUUGAAUUGAGGUUUCCCUGGCUGAUGAAAGAAUAUAAGCCAGAAAUGGCCAUUCCAGUGUUGUUUCCCUUGUCGGCAAAACUUACGAAGAAGAAAAUCCAAAUUACAUUUUCUUUGACCAGUUGCCGUCAAUUUAUAUUCAAUAAUCCCUAAUAAGCAGUGCAUGCUGUCAAAAAACAAACCUUACAAAACUAGACGAUUAACGAUGAACAAAGUGCCCUGAACAAUUAGCAUACCGCCUCCUGUCUUCAUGAAGCAAGCCUCAUUAUUUAUCAGUUAGUUCUCUAACUUUUGCAGUUUUGUCCAAAACUCGGCGGAUGGACUCAAUUAUUUCAUUAUUCUAAAGGAAAAACUAUCAAAUAGCGUGAAAGCGGACUUUCUGGUUCCGAAAAUUAAGGACUUAUUUUAUAAGACCACCCAACAAACUACAAAUAAAUGCUUUCAUGAUUUUUGGACCCUGAUUUUCGAAAGUUUUCAAUGAAGGCAUGGUCAAAUUAAAAACAGGUCCUGGAGUUCCAAAAAAACCAAAACUAUUUGACGAUGAACCAUGGGGCGCGGCUCUAUUAACUCGCGGCCAGUAAAGUAUGAGAUUGGAUUUGUGCAGGGAGCAUGAAAUACGUGAACAUCGGUCCCACAAUUUGUUCCUCCAAUGGUUAGCCACUUUUUUCUUGUGAAAUUUGUCUCCUAAAGUGGACGUACAAAUAGACCUAUUUUUAGGCGGACAUGACUCGGAGUGUUUAUAGAACAACUUGGUUUCAAAUCGUUGCUGAGUAAAUAGUCUGGUUCCAAAACAGUAAAACCUCUAAAAGUUAACCAUAGCAAUACGUGAAAAGAAACGAGUCUAAUAACCAUUUAAAAAUAUUCUCCGCAAUAAUGCCUUUUUCAUGCAUACUUUCCGGGUGACCCAAUGAGUUUGAGUUCAUGUUAAAAUUAAUAGCUUUUCCGAAUUUCCGAUUUCUGCUUCCCUAUCCACCUUUAUCUCAACCGAAACCCAUAACAACGAAAGUCAUAAUUUACAGAGCACAUGAAUUUUUCAGUUUCUUCCGAGAUGCUGUUGGCAAGGCUUGAUCUGAGUCAAGUCUAUAAAUAUUCGGAAGACGAGGUGGCGAGCAUACGUAACUUUCGGUAAAUUAUCCUCGGUCCAGUGCAAUGACAUGGGAACGGGGUAGAAGUAAAACAUGCCAACGCUAAGAAAAAUCGAUAAAAAUUCGCCUUCAAACACAGGCGGGGUGUGGGAAUGUGGGGGAGGAGGGGGGUGUAACAGAAGUCAGUGCCAGGACGGGGGUGAGAGCGGAAGGGCGCGGAGAAUUGCAGCGUUAGUCGACCUUCGACCACUGUAGGCGCGGAGUCUGAACGUCGUAGUUCUUCUGUGCGCAUAAGAUUGGCUUUCGUAACCUGAUGGCGGCCACUUCUGCUGUUGCUAACAGGCGCUGGCCUAGUUGCUUCGGGUAGCUCGAUGGGACCUUAUAAAAAGCUUCUUUGGGUUCACACGAUGUCCGGACUCGACAAUAUGCGCGAGAAUGGCGCUGCUUAUGCUCCUCGUUUCGCCUUUUCCCAGUCAUUCGGAGAGGUUUUCCCGUCUUCUCUUGGAUAAGCGCCGACUCGGGCGACCAAUAUUACCUGCUGCACAUAGUUGACCUUCAGGACGAGUGAGUUCCGUAAAAAGGAACGGUGAGCGCCCCUCUAUCAUUGUACAUUCCCGGCCGUAACCGACAGGACAACGAGCCCGUGGCUCAGUGGUCGGAGGCCUUGGACUUCUAACCAACAACCGAAGCAACUAGGCCAGCGCCUGUUAGCAACAGCAGAAGUGGCCGCCAUCAGGUUACGAAAGCCAAUCUUAUGCGCACAGAAGAACUACGACGUUCAGCCUCCGCGCAUACAGUGGUCGAAGGUCGACUAACGCUGCAAUUCUCCGCACCCUUCCGCUCUCACCCCCGUCCUGACACUGACUUCUAUUACACCCCCUCCCCCCCUCCCCCCUCCUCCACAUUCCCACCUGCCGCCUGUGUUUGAAGGCGAAUUUUUAUCGAUUUUUCUUAGCGUUGGCAUGUUUUACUUCUACCCCGUUCCCAUGUCAUUGCACUGGACCGAGGAUAAUUUAUCGAAAGCUACGUAUGCUCGUCGCCUCGUCUUCUUAUUACUGAUAUGGGAAUUUUCGCGACUCUAUAACUAAGUGCUGAGAAUAGUCCACAACACUGAAUAAACAUUUUGGUUGUGAACCUCGACAUCCAAGUAAUUUGCAAAGAAAGCCGAAACUAGAACCUCAUGGGAAAAACAAUGGCGAUUUUGGUUCUACAGCUGGCCUAGUAAGCUGUGCCUUAACUAGUUGCGUCAUCUACAUUACAGAGUACAGUUUAUUGGGAAUUAAAUGUGAAUGUACUCAUUUAGUGGGUCAUACUCACUUUUUAUGUAUCCCGAGGGCUAUUCCGUCUGUUUAUGCCUAUUUUUUUUCAAAAAGUCUACAGUUCUCUCUUAUAAUAUUUAUAGAUGUUUUGGCAGAUUUCAAAUAAUUCGCUUUGACCCAACUGUAAAAAACUCGGCGCCUCGGUGGAAAUCGAACCCACGACAGAUAGAGGAAGGCUUUAGUACGGCCGACGCUCUAACAACCUGGCCUGUGAGGCUUCACCGGGAGACGUGAUUUUAAUCACAUUUGGGUCGAGUUACCCGCUCAACCUACCGCAACGUCUGGAAUCCACCAAAUCUGACACAGUGAGCUGACUAACCAGGCAGGAUUUCCUACGUAAUCCACCUAGAAUCCACCAUAUGACUUAUCAGGCCCACUAACUCAUAGGUGGGGCGUCGUAGCUAAGGUGGCUAGAGCGUUGGCUGUACUAAAGCCCCCCCCUUGAUGUCGUGGGUUCGAACCCCACCGGAGUGCCAAGUUUUCCACAGCUGGGCCAAAAUGAAUCUUAUAUAUAUAUAGGUAGGGGGCGCUGGGAUGUCCAUUCCCGGCCCGCUAGGUGACGUCAGCUAGCCUUAUCCAUCCUGUGAUUGAGGACCUCUGCAAUUCGAACAGGGGUUCUUCGGUCAUCAAUUGCAUUCAUUCCAGCGCUCCACCAAGAGAGUCAAAGCUCCGUUGUCCCGUUGGUUGCGAUCGAUAAUAUAAACUCUAUUAUUACCGGUUACGGUGCAACUGCUUGCAAAGUCCCUAGAUUGAGUUAUAAUUCGCUAAGGGUUGUGCAUGGCCCGAAUUCUGAUUGGCAAACAUCCUUCACAUGAUAAUGCACACACUCGGUUAGUAUUUCUAACAAGAGUCAGGGAGGUCAAAAUGGACCAUUCAUGACUGUCUUUCGUCGUCAGUCUAUCAUAUCUCAGAUCUUAGUCUGAGUGACCGCAGAUUCCAGCGUAUACCUCACUGACCACUGUGCUUAACUUUCUACCAUUUAAGCUACAAAAGCGGACUCAGCUGUCUGCAACCGUCAACAUUCGAGGAUGCAUGAGGGAUGCAUUCGCAGACUUGGCCCGACAGUUAGACGGAAAUUCAGUUCUUUCUGCGGAUCCCCGUUCCGGAAUCCUCUCCUCAAACAUAAUGUCGACGGACAUCUAA